UGUCACUGGACUACAGAGCUUUACAUUCUUGCAACAUUGCAGAAAUUCAGAAAGAUGUGGAAUAUCGACUGCCAUUCACUAUAAACAACUUGACAAUUAAUAUUAACAUCUUGCUUCCACCUCAGUUUCCUCAGGAAAAACCAGUCAUCAGUGUUUUCCCACCUGUGAGACAUCAUUUAAUGGACAAGCAGGGAGUCUAUGUGACCAGUCCAUUAAUAAGUAAUUUUACAAUGCAUUCAGAUCUUGGAAAAAUUAUUCAAAGUUUACUAGACGAGUUUUGGAAGAAUCCUCCAGUUCUGGCUCCUAGCUCAACAUCAUUUCCAUACCUUUUCAACAAACCAGCUGGAAUGCCUCCUUAUGCUCCUCAGGGGUUUCCAUUUCUUCCUCCAUACCCACCUCAAGAAACAAAUAGAACAAUGGCAGCCGUGCCCAUUGCUGAACCAGUUUCUUCAAGCUACGCUCCAGACAAGCCCGCUGCUCCCUCUUAUGGCUUGCUUGCCGAACUGCCACUGCCUGUUCCGACAGCAGAAGCAGUGCUGCAGGUUGGCCAGAAUGGAUUAACUUACAAGAUGCCCGAUGUUCCUGAUGCAUUUCCAGAACUCUCAGAACUAAGUAUAUCGCAGCUGACCAGUAUGAACGAGCAAGAGGAAGUGUUACUGGAACAGUUUGUGACUCUACCACAACUGAAGCAAGUCAUUGCUGAUAGAGAUGAGUUAGUGAAAAGCAUUGAAGAGCUGGCAAAAAAAAACUUGUUGCUGGAGCCUAGUCUCGAGGCAAAAAGACAGAUGGUGUUGGACAAAUAUGAGCAACUCACACAGAUGAAAGCAGCCUUUGAAAAAAAGAUGCAAAGACAGCAUGAACUUAGUGAGAGUUGCAGUCCAAGUGCUCUGCAAGCGAGACUUAAGGUAGCUGCUCAUGAAGCUGAAGAGGAAUCUGACACUAUUGCAGAAGACUUCUUGGAAGGCAAAACAGAAAUAGAUGACUUUCUUAGUAGUUUCAUGGAAAAGAGGACGCUCUGCCAUUGUAGACGAGCCAAAGAGGAAAAACUUCAACAGACAAUAGCAAUGCACAGCCAAUUUCAUGCUCCGCUAUAGGCUUCCUGCAAACUACACCUGCCAAGAGAAUGAGUGAAAAACCCAAUAAAGCACACUUUUUAAUAACUAUUAUUUGCAAAUAAGCAUUUCAUCUUAUAUGGUUGUAUUUAUAGAAGAGAUUGUAUACAGAGUUGGGAUGGUUUUUGUACAAAUUAGAAUGUCUCUUUAUAUUCUCAUUGUACUCAAGAAUCCUUCUAUUGCAAUCUUUGCACUAAUUUCUUGUAUUUAUUGUUGAUAGUUCUUACUGUAUUUAAGUUCUUGCUGCUAUAGUCCAUUCUUCAGAGAUUAAAUAUCUAAACAUGUAA